AUGGCCGAAGAAGACCAGCGGACGCGCGAACCGCCCGAUGUCUUCAUCACGAAUCCCUUCCUGGAUUGGGACCAGAAGAGGACGAAUGACGAAAUUGCCAGCUUCGUUAAGAUGUCUGGACUGCUUGAUGAUGAUACGUAUAUCCGUCGUGGUGCUUUCUUAGCGCAAGACCCACACGCAUUUGAUCAUCCAAGAAAUGAUGGCCUUACCCUUCGCAGAGACAAGGAUGAAGCUGUAUAUCUGGCGCUUGAGAAUACGGAACGCAAGCUGGAGAAGUUUAAGCAAACACGACAGCUGUACUUCUUGGUCGCCAUCUGUAGCCUCGGAGCCGCCGUGCAAGGCUGGGAUGAGACUGCAGUCAACGGAGCCCAAUUAUACUUCGUGGAUGCCUAUAAGAUCCGAGAUCCGAAUGGCGAGUGGGGUGAUACGAAUGGCAGGCAAGGGCUCAUCAACAGCGCGCCAUAUCUCUGCUGUGCACUAAGCUGUUGGCUGACUUAUCCGCUGAACCGCUACUUGGGCCGUCGAGGAACCAUCUUUCUGACCUGCUUGAUCUCAUCCAUAUCAUGUCUUGGUCAAGCCUUUUGCCAGACCUGGCAGCAGCAAUUCGUGGCUCGCUUGAUUCUUGGUCUGGGUAUUGGCCCCAAAAGUGCUACCAUACCUAUUUACGCUGCGGAGUGUGCUCCGGCCAACAUCCGUGGAGCUUUGGUCGUGAUGUGGCAGAUGUGGACGGCUUUCGGCAUCAUGUGCGGGUUCAUUGCUGGGGUUGCGCUUCGACACCUCCCAGCUGACUUUUCACAUCCGCAGUCUCUGGGAUGGCGGCUCAUGCUCGCUAGCCCGAUGAUCCUGCCUUUGAUCGUCUGCAUGUACAUCUACUUUGUACCCGAGAGUCCCCGAUGGUUGCUCGCCAAAGCCCAGCAAGGCGACGAGGAGAAGUACCAGAAGGCGUUCGCAGCACUGUGCAGUCUUCGAUAUACCAAAAUACAAGCAGCACGAGAUCUUUUCACCAUACAUCAUGCGCUAAAAGCGCAGAGGGAGAAGAUGAAGAUGGUUAAGCCGCUGAGAGAGCUCUUUACUGUUGGACGAAACAGACGGGCACUCACAGCUAGUGUUCUGGUCAUGAUAUUCCAACAAUUCUGUGGCGUUAACAUACUGGCACGUGAUCUUGGACGGGUCACAAGUGACACGCUAACACUGAGUCAUGUCCAGGCCUACUACUCCAGCGAUGUGCUUAGCGCGGCAGGAUUCAGUCCGGAGCAUGCUGUUGUGAUCAGCAUGGGCUUCGGUAUCAUCAACUUCCUCUUCGCUCUUCCGGCAGUGUGGACAAUAGACUCUUUCGGAAGACGCAACCUCCUGCUGUCAACCUUCCCCUUCCUUGCAUUGUUCCAGCUCUUUGUAGCCGUAGCCUUCCAAUUCGAAGGAACUGCACAGAAGAUCCUGGUGGUCGUUGGAAUGUAUUUAUUCGCAGUUGCAUACUCACCGGGUGAAGGGCCGGUACCUUUUGUCUACUCGUCGGAGAGCAUGCCUUUGUACAACAGGGAUUUCGGUAUGGGGCUUGUUACUGCAGUCAACUGGUUCUUCAACUUCCUCUUGGCCAUCACAUGGCCGGAGUUCUGGAUUACUUUCGGUAAGACCGGAGCAUUCUGCUGGUACGCAGGGUGGUGCGUUGUGGGCUGGGUCGCAAUCCUAUUGUUCGUCCCCGAGACGAAGGGCCUGACCCUCGAAGACCUUGAUAAAGUCUUCGAAAUCCCAACAGCGAAGCACAUGGCGCACGGCUUCGCCCAAGUCCGCUACUUUGUCCAAUAUUACAUACGUCGCCGGCGGAGCAGAUGUUGUAGGCCAGUUCUUGUAGGGAAGGACGAUGAUGGGUGCCCAAAGCCCAUGGUUUACGAUGACGGCGGAGUUCCUAUUGGGGAAGCUUUCGACGAUGCUGGGGCAUCCGAGACUUCUUCAGUGGAAGAACGCGCGCUAGAUGAUAGACCAGAUGGAGAUGGAUCGAAAGAGAAACGUCUGGCACGUGGAACAUACGAAAGACGAAAGGAUGACUGA